ACACACAGAGAGACGCUAACCAAGGUUAUAAAUAAUAAUACCAAGGUACUUCACACAAACUUAGUGACCUAUCAACACAACAAAUCAAGUGACCGAGGUUUUAAUAUAUAAAUAUCAGCCGCAAUGAGUAACCCUUUCAGUAAGUUCAUACGGCAGUUCAAUCGCACAGAGAUGAAUCUCAAAUUCAUCUGCUUGACCGGCGGGUUAACUAUAUUGCUCAUAACAGCAGUAAAAUGCUGGUACUCGUAUAAGUGCAAGGAACUCAAAUUUUGUGAUAAACUUCGCAACAGGGCACCAUCAAAUUACACGCUGAAAGUUUCAAGCAAAUUAAAUUGUUCGUUAAUUGGAAAAUUGGUAAAUAGAGACACCGACAAGCAUUUUGAUUUCUUCCUUACAGCAUUAGCAGGAGGAAAGUUUAGCAUUUACAUAAACGAUCCUAUAAACUUGAGAUAUCAAGUCAAUGACUCUUUACCUGAAAUGCCUCUGGAAACCGAUAUGACAGUAAACGUUAAUAUGCUAGAUGUCGGUGAAUUGGUUAUCAUAGAGUUCGAAGAUAUCAAAAUCUAUCUUUCUACUGAUCCUUUCAAUUUAACGGUGUAUCGUGAGGGCCAAGAAAUCGUUAAAAUAAAUCCACGGCAAUUGUUAACUUUCGAAGAAGAUCCCGAAGCACCAGUAGCGCUCGACUUUAAUUUUCCGCAAGCACUGCGGGCUUAUGGAUUACCGGAACAUGCUGAAAGACUGGCAUUAAGAACCACGACUAACGGAUCUGAGCCCUAUAGACUUUAUAAUAUAGAUCGCUAUGGUUACGAAGUGAAUUCCACACAAGCAUUAUACGGAUCAGUUCCUGUGUUAUUUGGUCUGGGAGUUAAUAUGACCGCAGGAGUUUUCUGGUUAAAUUCAGCUCAAACGUUUGUUGAUAUCACGCAUAAGAAGACCGGAAUUGAUUCUUACUUUAUAAGCGAAACUGGAGCUUUGGAAGCAUUUAUUUUAACGGGGCCAUCUUUGAGAGAUUGCGUAAAACAGUAUAUUAAUUUAACAGGAGUCGCUCCUCUACCACAAAUGUUUGCUUUGGGCCACCAUCAGAGCCGUUACAGUUACAUGAGCCAAAAAGAAGUUUUGGAAGUCUGCAAUAAAUUCGAUGAGAACAAAUUUCCACUUGAUGUAAUUUGGAUGGAUAUUGACUAUACAGAUAAAAAUAAAUAUUUCACUUGGGAUCCCAAAACUUUCCCAAAUCCUAGUUCUAUGUUGAAUGCUUUAAACAAGCAGGGUAGAAAAGCAGUAGUUAUAAUUGACCCACACAUUAAAAGGGAAAAGGGAUAUUCUGUUUUUGACGAAUGUGAAUCUAAAG